CCUCGGCUGAACUUGUUGGUGAAAGAAACAAAUACGAGCUGCGGCAUCCACAGCCGAGCAGAAACAAGCGAGACGAGGUGGGAGAACGACUGGCAACCUACUCCGUAUCGCAUACGUUAACAAGUGUUCUUUUUACUAGGCUACUGGAGCUAGCUGAAAUAAAAACGGACAAUCGUUUAGUUGUUCUACAUAAGUCAGGUGUACACCUUCAGUUAAAGUGUAGUAUACGAAAGGAAUAAAAAGGACCGAACUAUUUCUUCACAGGUGGAGCUGUUGCUGCAUGGAAGAUCACUCCGAAGUCCGGGGCCCCAAUCCGUAACUUCGUUCUCAACGUUGUUUUCUAGCGCUCAUACCUCGUUCAAAAAAAAAUCGAGAAAUAAUACGCAAGCCAGCAGGUCCCUAAGACCGAUGAGCAGAGCUGUGAAGGUUCUGGAGGAGAACGCCGAAGAAAUGACCGGCCAAAGUGACGCGGUGCUGCAGGAGCUGGUGCCGUCCGGCGUCAGGGAGCUGGAGGCGGAGUUGUCAGACGGAGCGCUGUCCUUCACGGACGAGACGGUGUCCAUCCUGACGUCGAGCAGCCUGCUGGCGCGCUCGCUGCUGGGCCGCUCGUCAGGGCUCAAGCGCAAGGAGGGCGGCGGCGGCGGCGACGGCGGCAGCAGCCCCAGCAGCGCCCUGCGGCGCAAGCGCGAGUUCAUCCCCGACGAGAAGAAGGACGACGGCUACUGGGACAAGCGCAAGAAGAACAACGAGGCGGCCAAGCGCUCGCGGGAGAAGCGGCGGGUCAACGACAUGGUGCUGGAGAACCGCGUGAUGGCGCUGCUGGAGGAGAACGCCCGGCUGCGCGCCGAGCUGCUGGCGCUCAAGUUCCGCUUCGGCCUGGUGAAGGACCCGUCCGACCCGCCCGCGCCGGCCCACCCCGCCGCGCCCUGCGCCGCCCCGCCCCCCACGCCGCGCUACUAUCUCCCCCGAGCCGACGGGGCCCACCCCGGCUCCGCCGCCGGCCCCCUGCCCGCCCCCCCCGCCCCGGGCUGCCUGUACGGGGGCCGGGGCGUGGCCAGAGAGCACGCGGGCAGCGUGUCGGAGGACUCGGGCUUCUCCACGCCCGGCGGCUCCAGCGUGGGCAGCCCCGUGUUCUUCGACGACCGGCUGAGCGAGCACGGCAAGCUGUCGCCCCGCGGCGGCGGCGAGGAGCCCGGGUACGAGCCGCACCCCUGCCCCGCCGGCCCGGACCCCGCCGAGAGCAUGAGGAGCCUGCCCCACAAGCUGCGCUUCAAGACGCCGGGGGGCGGCGACGCCGGCGGCGGCGACGGGGGGGAGAGCCGGCGCAGCCCCGCCCAGCCGGGCCGGGACGCCGCCAGGGGCCACGCCCCGUUCGUGGGGGCCGAGGGCCCGUGCGCCUGGCAGCAGCAGCAGCAGCAGCAGUACCCGCGCCCCGAGCAGCACUGCUACCCCCAGCCCGCCGCGUACGCCCUGCCUCCCCAGCAGGGCGGCGCUGACUCGCAGUACCACGCGGAGAACAGCGUGCUCAAGUCUCAGCUCAGCUCCCUCAGCGAGGAGGUGGCCCAGCUCAAGAAGCUCUUCUCCCAGCAGCUGCUCUCCAAGAUGAGCUGAAGGCCGCAGGCGGGACGGGGAGACCCUUUACCUCUUGUACGCACGGAAAGGACCCGAGAUGGACGCUGGGCCUUUCGGCAGCCUGUCCACUCCGCAGUAAACUGAGAGACAGUCGGGAGGAGCAGGAGCGCAGCGGGGACGUCCGCGGGUCACUUUUUACUGUGCCGCCUCUCCACGUGACCGAAAAGAUAUCAUAGCCUCUCUCUGAUAUCAAGAUAUCAUAACCUCUCUCUGAUAUCAAGAUAUCAUAACCUCUCUCUGAUAUCAAGAUAUCAUAACCUCUCUCUGAUAUCAAGAUAUCAUAACCUCUCUGACGUCACGAGCUGAUAUUACUUUCGACGAGUUCCACUUUGUUAUAUCAGGGGUGUCUUCGCUCUGCUUUAGGGAAACGGUCACAUGUAAUUAUUGGGCUGCGCUGGGAUACAGCAGGAUCAAUGCGUUUCUUCGGCCUCUGCCUCAGACAGGGCACAGCUCUCCAGAUGUACAGUGUAUGUCCUCAAUAGCAAGGCACCGCUCUGCUGACACACUGCACUGGUCCCUCUAUCCCCCUGCCCUCUGUCAGACACUGUGAGGACCUGAAACACACACACACACCUCUGCCCUCGGGAUGUCCACACCUCACACACACACACACACACACAAACACAUACACACACAGACACACACAAGGCUUCCUAUUAACUGUACGCUGUCUACUUUCGGGUCAAACAGAAGGUCAAACUGUACAAACCGCACUUGCGAGGGCUUUCUCUCGAUGCAUAAGCUACCUGCCUCAAGUAGUAAUGGACUUAUCCCAGCUAACUUUGUAAGACAAUAUUGUAUCUACAGUGUUGUACAGUAUUGUGCAAUAUACAAUUCUUCUCAUUUUUUUAAAGCAAGAUCUGUAUUGUAUUCCUGUUCUCCUCAUCUGUGUGUUUACUGUGAGGUGGCAAAGCAUGAUGGGAGUCAUUUCAGUGAUGUCACUUCCCUGUACAUAGGCCUUCAGACAUAUCAGGUACUACUAUACUGUAUACACUCACAGUUUACACCAGCUAAAAAAAGACAUAGGGGUGUUAGUAUGGUUGUGUGUUACCUCCUCUGGCAAUAACCUGGGUGCCGAUGAGGCAGCGAGCUGCUUCUUGUGCUGUUGAAUAAAGGGCCAAAAAAGGUUCGAAUAGGUUUGACCCCAUUUCUGCCUGUCCGAACCCUAGCCGCAAACGUUCCACUCCCUUUUUGCUAGAUUAAGUGGAACGGGCUUCAGUAACCAUUUGGAAGUAUGCAGGUAGUCCAGACACCACCAGCACUGUUACACGGUAUCGCGAUCACGCAUUCCCCCUCACACACAAUGUGGAACGAUCAAAAAUGGACUGGAAAGCCGUUUGACCACAUCUGCGCACUUAUACAACACCAGGCACUUACUUAUACAACAGCAAGCACAAAGUAGGUCACCCCGAUUAAGAGCAUUUCCCAGGCAAAGAGAAUGGAAAUGGUAGUAGCACAGGAGUAUGAGCUUAACACGGGGGUGUGGGGGGGGCUGGUACAGCGAACUGCUGUAGCUACAGUGUCCAGUUACAAUCAAUUCCUCCUGAACACAGGGCAGCCACCAUUACUGUAGAAUCAGCAACACAAAUCCACAUCUCUCUUCCCUUCAGGUAUUUCCAAAUAGUGUGGAGUUCAUUGUCGCGAACGCCAUCUAAAUUGCUGUUCCACGCCAUACUGUACAAACUACUGAACAUGCAGGAUUACUUUGCAACACUGAAAACCUCCUGCUGUCUGUGACACACCACCGUGACAUAACACUAUGUAAUCUGCUGCUUCAUACCGCUGUUUUUUUGUUCAACACAGCGUUGUUCUGCAGUAACUUGUAUUUUCAUGUUUAUGUACGCAACCGUUGUUACAGUACAAUGCUGAAAAAAACAUUGUUUAUUUAACGGACAUUUUAAAUAUCAUAACAUUUUGAUUAUGCAACUGUCUUGCAAAAUAAUAUGCAAUAGGUUUUAUUCACUUGUUAAUAAAUGUUUCCCUUUUUUUUGGAAAA